AUGACCACCAAUCAGGACAAGAGAUCUUUCGAUGUGUGCGAUACUGCUCGCUUCAGCGAAAGUGACAAUGUCGAUGAGAAGAAAGGCACUCCGGCUGAUCGCGCCGAUAUGUAUCGGCUGGGGAAAACACAGGAUCUGAGGAGGAACUUUCGCUUUUUGUCAAUCUUUGGCUUCUCCAUGAUUCUCAUGUGUUCAUGGGAGUUUUCGCUGAGUGUCGCAGCAAUCGGUCUGGUCAAUGGUGGUACAGCCGGCUUAAUCUGGAUGUUCUUCAUCUGCUGGAUAGGCUUCCUGCUCGUUAAUAUCUCAAUGGCCGAAAUGGCUUCAAUGGCCCCAACGACCGGAGGACAAUACCACUGGGUAUCCGAAUUCGCGCCGACGAAGUACCAAAAGCUUACCAGCUAUCUUAUGGGAUGGAUGUGUGUCCUCGGCUGGCAAGUCGCAUGCGCAGCGACCGCCUUCAUCGCUGGUACACAGAUCCAAGGCCUCAUCAUCCUGAACAACCCCAAUUACUUCCCCCAUCCAUGGCACGGAACACUCCUUGCCAUCGCCGUCGCUGCCUUCACCGUCGUCUUCAAUACACUGCUGGCUAGAAAGCUUCCCUUGAUCGAAGCUAUCGUUCUGGUCAUUCACAUUUUUGCCUUUUUCGGUAUCCUCGUUACUCUCUGGGUUCUAUCACCGAGAGCUAAUGCGAAAGACGUUUUUACCCAAUUCAGUGACGGAGGUGGUUGGGGAAGUCUCGGCGGCUCGGCUCUCGUGGGUAUCAUUGCUGGUACUAUCCCUCUUCUUGGAGGCGACGCUGCUGUCCACAUGUCCGAGGAACUUCGUGAUGCCAGCAGUACCCUUCCGAAAGCCAUGAUCUUGACAACUGUUGUCAAUGGCUUUUUCGGGUGGAUGAUGGUUAUUACUUUCUGUUUUUGCAUCGGCGACUUGGAACAGGUUAUCUCGUCACCCACAGGUCAGCCUUUCAUGCAAGUAUUUCUUAACUCGACACAAUCUGCUGCCAGCGCGACAGCCAUGUCGACUUUCAUCGUUGCCAUGACCAUAUUUGCCAACCUGACUGUGGUAGCCACAGCAUCUCGACAACUCUACGCCUUUGCCAGAGAUCAUGGAGUUCCCUUUGACACGUGGUUCUCCCGUGUACCGACAGGUUACGAUGUGCCCAUCAACGCGAUCAUGGUGACAUUCGUAACAUCAUGCCUGUUGUCACUCCUCAACAUUGGUUCUCCUGUCGCUCUCAAUUCCAUCACAUCGAUGGCAACGACAGGCCAAUUGUCCAGCUACAUCGUCUGUAUCAGUUGUAUGGCUUGGAGACGCUGUGCCAAACAGCCUAUCCUUCCUUCCAAGUUCAAUCUCGGCCGAUGGGGACUGCCUAUCAACAUCGCUUCAGUGGUUUUUCUUCUCAUUAUUUUCGUACUUGCUUUUAUGCCUGGCAAUCCUAACCCGACAGCAGCGGAGAUGAACUGGAGUAUCGUCAUGUAUGCUGCGGUUUCAAUCUUUGCUGUAGUUUACUAUAUCCUACAAGGAAAGCACCGUUAUGAGGGGCCCGUUGCCAAUUACAAGGUUGAUCAGAGAUUCACCAUAACCAUGUCUCAAAUCACACUACGAGAAGCGAGUUACUUUGAACUACCAGAGAUCGCUAACAUCCUGACAAAGGCUUUUUGGGAUCAUGAGAUCUUUGGCGACCUGAUCCAUCCACGUCGUAGAGUUUUUCCUCAUGAUACACAGAUGUACUGGCUACGACGUGCACGCGUCACCUUCUGGGAUUAUCGCUGGCGAUUUGUCGUUGCUGUGGCUAAGGACAGUAGUGGAAAGGAAGUCAUCGCCGGUGUUGCGCAAUGGGAAAGGCUGGGAGAAGGAGGAAAGAAACUUGAAUGCUUCUAUCUAGAUCCUCGAAAUCUUCUCAAGCCACUUUCUGCAUUGGUUAUGCACGUACAAGCCAAACUCUCACCCAGCCGAGCAGCUGAUCUGAAAAACGAAGACAUCAUCGAGCGGGCGUACCCCUACUUCACACACAUCUGGAGCCAAAAACGAGCCGAGUCAUGGUAUCUCGCAGCAUUGGCAGUUCAUCCGGAUUUUCAAGGUCAGGGUGUGGGGAAGAAGCUGACACAAUGGGGAAUUGAAAAGGCUCAGGCCGAGGGUGUUUGCGCUUCGGUCAUCGCUGCACAUGGAACGGAUGAAUUCUACAAGAGACUGGGGUUUGAUGAGCAGUUUGGUAGAGCCAACGAUGGGAUAGGGAAUCCGUUGGCCAACGUUCCAGGGUCGAACAUGUAUUGGUACUGGCCUCGGACUUAG